AUGUUGGCGAAGGUGUUUUACUGCCAGAAGAAGACGGAGAAGAAGACAAUGGACACCAUUUCACCCACCCAGGAUGCCCUACUGCAGUACUCAAAUCGUGUUGCCUACCAAGCUGGGAUGUGGUUUACCAGUUUAUCAUCGGCGACGCCAGAAUCUUACAUUGUUGGUGGGUCUGACGCUAACAUCACUGAUUACCCAUACACGUGUUCGUUACGGUACUCCGGCGUGCAUUCCUGCGGGUGUGUCAUACUGUCCUCCACCAAGAUCCUCACGUCGGCGCAAUGUGUGGACGGACGAGAAAUCCAUUUGUUUUCGGUAGUGGCUGGCCAAUCAGAUCGAAGACUCGGCACGCCCAAGGCUCUUAGUGACGUUCAUAUUCAUGAGGAAUUCAACACGGGGUCAUUCACCUUAUACAACGACUUGGCCACCGGUACGUUCGAAUCUCCUCUCGAUACAAGCGACCCUGGGAUUGCAGCAGGAAUAAUUGCUGGUGCGGGAGACAACUUUGACGGAAGCUCGUGUCACGUGACCGGAUGGGGACGUACAAACGGUUCUGUACCAGAGCUGCCGAUCAUUCUGCAGGUCGGUAAUACGACAGCAAUAGACGCAGCCACCUGCCAGGCGGGAGUCGGGCUCGGUUACAUUGGUGAUGGACACAUCUGUGCACAGCAAAAUUCCACCACCAUUUGCAUUAGUGACUUGGGAAACCCGCUGUGGUGUGGUGGGAAAAUAGCAGGGAUUGCGUCUUGGAACAUCAUUACAAAUGGCGUCUAUAGAAGUGACCACCCCAGCGUGUUCGUCCGACUCAGCCAUUACCAAGACUGGAUCGAACAUUAAUCACAUUGCUGACAAUCCGACGAUUAUCGAAAUAAAACUAAUCUGAU